UUUCUUGAUUAUCAUUAUUCCGUGUAUCAGCUGUUUGAGUUGCCUGUCAAACGAGAUAAAAAAGAAAUGACUUCUUCAGAAACGGGUGGAGUGAAGCCCAUGUCCAUUGCCGGGCGCAUGGUGCGUGAACGGGAGCGUCUGAUUGGAAUGUCAAAUGAUGAACGCGCAUGGCGCAAGCAAUGGUUGAAGGAUUUGGAACUGCACCAUGGGCCUCGCGUAGUUCCCGAAUUAGAGAAAGAACUACAGAACCCUAUCAAACGUUUCUACAGAUUCCCUCUAGAUAAGCUUGGAGAAGCACUAACUCCAGUGCUGGGUACACAACGCGCAUAUACAAUUCGCUUUUGGACUGGAAAAUUUGCUAUGGCCAUUGCAGCUAUUUACGCAGGUGCCUACUACUUUAAGUAUAAUCAAAACGACUGGACACGCAAGGGAGGUUGGCGUGUAAUCACUUCACGUCCCGUCUGUAAUCCAGGUGAUGAGGGAUAUCCAAAAGUUUCGGACCGUACACAACCAUCCGAUUAUGCAGCUCGAGGGUUCAAACAAGCUGCAAUUUAAAAAAAAAA